CUCUCCGCCGAGGUAGCGCUAAUAACUCAUCCGGCAUCAUGAGCCAAGAGUAUUUUCCUGUCGCUGGCAGCUCGUCUUCCAAAAAUGCAUCCUCGAGUCUCGAAGAGGACGACGAACGUAUACAGCCAACCUCAUGGGCAGCACCACAGUACAUGACCGUUGGUAAUGGAACGACAUCCGCAGCUGCCGAAGCACUCAUAGCGUCUUUAAACCACGAUUCCGGUUACGGUGGAAGCAUUGCUGGAGAAAGCGCGCUGGAAAGGGGCGAUUUGACUGACUGGCACGCUGGAAUGCUCGAAGAUCGGCCGACGCCUGCCCAUACACCUGCAUUGGCUACUGAGGGUAGACAAAUGCUUGCGAGUCAUGUCCACCAACUUCAGUACAAUGCGAAUCGAAUGAAACUAGGGAGAGCGAUUACCCGAACGAUCGAAAUACUUAAAGAUUUACAAGAGAUGAACGGGCGAUGGCCACUUCAUUAUCCAUCUUAUCAACCCUUGGACCGACCGUCAUUGCAACAGACGCAGUCGCACGCCGACUUGGGAACCCUUGAAGAUCAAGAAUCUUCCUCGUCACGCCCUACGCCGAUCAGACGUGCCGCCACGUCUUUGGAUGCUAGCGAGUCCAGUGCAGCCGGUGAACGCCGUUCACUACCGGAACCCCGAUUAAUGAGUCGCGAAAUGGCGGAGCAAUUCUUGGUUUUGAAGAUUGAACUCAAGCUCGGAGCUGCCUCACAAACGGAACUGGUCCAUUCACUGGAGAAAUCGACGAUCGCCUCGUUGCUAGAUGGGAAGAUCAAUCAGAGCGUCAAACAUCUGUUGUCAUUGAGAGAUCGGAUCGAAGAUACAUCCAGUAAAGUACUGAUAACCGGAGACUUGAAUGCUGGAAAAUCGACCUUCUGCAACGCGCUGCUACGUCGCAAGAUCUUGCCCGAAGACCAGCAACCCUGUACGAGUAUAUUUUGCGAGGUGCUGGAUACGAGGGAAAAUGGUGGCGUUGAAGAAGUGCACGCGAUUCCGAAGGACCGAAUCUACAACCGCAACGAUGAGAGUACAUACGACGUCUUUUCGCUAUCAGAGUUAGAGGAUAUAGUCACCGACAAUUCAAAGUACACCCAGUGCAAGGUUUAUGUGAAAGAUGUUAGGGCGAUUGACGAGUCUCUUCUGAAUAAUGGUGUGGUUGACAUUGCCCUGAUCGACGCCCCUGGUUUGAAUUCAGACUCUGUCAAGACAACUGCGAUUUUUGCACGUCAAGAGGAAAUCGAUGUCGUUGUCUUCGUCGUAUCUGCAGCCAACCAUUUCACGCUGUCUGCAAGAGACUUCAUAAUGAGCGCGGCGCAUGAAAAGGCUUAUAUGUUUAUGGUUGUGAACGGUUUCGAUAAUAUACGAGACAAAGGACGAUGUCAACGAAUGAUUUUGGACCAGAUAGCGAAGUUGAGUCCUCACACAUAUAAGGACGCUGAAGAGCUAGUUCACUUUGUCUCAAGUAAUGCGAUACCCGUACUACCCGGAGUCGUUGCAGGCUCUGGAUCAGGCGGGAGCGGCGAUCCACCUGACAAUGAUGAUCCUGAUGACGAUGACGAUUCAAAGAAGGGCAAAGGUAAAGGCAAGGAGAAGGAGAAAAUUCAGGACUUCGAAAAGCUGGAAGGAGCCUUGCGCCGAUUCGUCCUCGAGAGACGUGCAAGAUCAAAAUUAGCACCCGCACGCACAUAUAUCCUCAAUGUUCUAUCCGACCUCAAUACCUUGGCAUUAGUAAAUCGUGAUGUUGCUCAAUCAGAGCUUGUACGUGUCAGUUCAGAACUGGAAGAGAUCGUUCCUGCUUUUGAGGAUGGAAAGAAGAAGAAGACGGAAAUCGCAGAGCAGGUGGAGAAUACCAUAGAGAAGUCUUGCGAGGACGUUUAUAAUUACACACGACAGAAUUUGAACGACACAAUAGAGAAGGUUGCCUAUGCUGACCUUGGCGUGGAAUAUCCGGGUUUACUCUCCGCUUUCCAGUUUGCUGAAGAUCUCAAGGUUGCGAUGUUGGAUCAGGUGUCAGCGGCGGUAUUUGACUGCGAGAAUUAUGCUCGUGCAAAGACUGCGCAAGGGGUUUCUUACAUCCAACAACUUGGCUUGUUGCACGUUGGGGAGGAUAAAUUUCCAACUCUUAGUUUCCAAGCUGACAACAUGUUCCGAAAACGACGGCAUGCUUUGGCAAGACAAGUUGAUACACAGGUUGAACUUUGGGAUUUCUUUGAUAUCCCCGGACUUUGGGAAAGACAAGAAAAGGUUGCUGGAACUGGUGUUGCCAUGACGGCUGUUACCGUUCUCGGAGGACGCGCUAUUGCAGGAGUUGGAUGGGUCGACGGAGCUUUCGGUGCUGCGAAGAUACUUGGAUCGAAUAACAUACGGCGAAUGAUCAUUCCUGGAAUCGUUGCUACUGCUAUUCUGACAACAGCCUACGUACUCUCAAUCAUUCCCCAGACUCUCCCUCCCCGCCUUUCACGCAAACUAGCUGCUUCCCUAGCCGAAGUAGACUACGUUCAUUCCAACGCUUCACGUAUCUCGGCUCAAGUCCGCCGUGUACUGGGCAUCCCGGCUUCCACAUUACAUUCGCAGCUUGUUCAGGGGGUUGAGGAUCUAGCGCGUCGCAAAGAGGAAGUCACCAAGAUCAAACAGGAGAGUGAAGUUGCGAGAAAGUAUUUCGCCAAUUUGUUCCGCGAGUCUCAAGAAAGUCGAAGAACCGUCGAUCAAAUUGACCUUGAAGGCCCUCUACCGGGAGCUUUAGCUCAAUAAGAGAGCAAAUGCUGCUAGAAUUCUCUCCUCACCUGACUGUUUGACACGACAAACUGACAAUGUACACGAACGCUCCGACGCCCGUCAUGUCUCCCCUUUAUCCAUAUAUGUAGUAUUAUAUCAUCAUUUUUAUCAUGUUCAAUACCCCCCUUCUUUUUCUUCCUUUUCCCUUUCGUUUAUGAAAAAUCUGGUUUCUCUUCGUGCAUUAUAAUGUCUUCCAGCUCACUGCUGACAAAGAAUGUUAUUAUCUAUAUUCAUACUCUGAGCGGCGUACAUUGGCGUGUUAAAAGGUGUAUUUGAAUUCAAAAUUGUUUCCUGUAUCUAAUCGCUUCUCCUGAGACGAGUACUGAAUGAUCUCGUAUCUGCUUGACACAAAUGCAUCACAAUGAUCACAUAAGAUCCAGUCAUUUCUAGGGUAGGGUGUCUCAAAUCUACGUACAGGAGCAGCAUUAGGCUAUCAUAGCUACCAGGGCAGGACUCAUUCUACUUGAGGAUGCCACAAUUCUUCUUGUAUUAGACUAUAAAAAUCCUUCUUCCUGCUGCUUACCAGCGGAUCUUCGUGUUCGUCUAGCCGUCAUACGUCCCCCUUGGUGGUCAAUGACCUGAGGGAAUUCAUCUACUACCGCCUGUGGUUGGAUAGCUUCUUUUUGCUUCAAGAUCUCUGUAACGUGAGCCUCGUUAACAUUUCCUCUGCGUGCAAGCCUCAUUAUCUCCUCUCGCGCCGCCAUUGCGUUUGGGUCUUCGUAGUUGAGUUGUGUCAUUGCAGGGGUUCCAUUCUCCUCGUCCAGCGAUUCAUCGUUCUCGGGAAUUGGAGAGUCAAGAUAUCUCGUAAACUUACUGCUGCUCAAUAGAGAAGAAAGACUUUGGCCUGUGAGAUUUCGAGAUAGUCUAGCCGUAAGCUGAUUGUUGACGUCGGUAUCAGCACUCACAGCACUACCAUAUCCGUCCUCGUUCAGCGUAUCAAUAGAGCUGACGCUAACAUGAGAAUCGGUUCUUUUGAAUUCCAUCUUACUGGAUGAUGAGGAGUUUCUUCUCCCCAGAUUUGGUCUGCGCCGUCGAGAUCCGUUUUCUCCUCCCAGGAUACUUCUUGCACGUGUUAGUUCCCUUGCCUUCUUGAGAAACCUGUUCAUUGAAGAUUCUAGGUUCUCAGACGAUCUAUUAGACUGCGGGACGGAAUUGUCAUCUGAUACUGUCUUCACGGGGGUUUGACUGGCUUUAUUAUCACCACCUUCCG